AUGACUCAUUUAUAUAAGGAAGCAUUAUAUUAUAGAAAAAUAAUGGAACAAGUUCCUGAUGAUCUACAAAUGGAUUUUGAAUAUACUGAAAAAUUGCAAGAUACUGAUGAAUUAUUACCUUUUGUAUCUAGAGAUACUAUAGUAAAAACACUUAAUAAAGUAAAGGAGACAUUUAAUUUAAUAACUUAUACUAAUAAUAAUUUUUUUCAAUAUAAAACAAAAACAUCUCAAUUUUUAGCGAUGUUAUUUGCAGAAUGGAUAAAAUAUAAUGUUGAAUCAGGAACAAAUAAUGAUUUAUUAAAUGAUAUUCCUGAAUCUAUAGUUGGUAGUAGACAUCAAAGAGAAGAUGAUAGUAGUGAUGAUGAUCAACAAAGACCAAAACAACGACUAAAA